AAUACACAUCAAAACGAAGAAGAAGGAAGGAAGGAAGGAAGGAAGGAAGUAGGCUUGCUACUCACCACCAUUCUUUCUCUCUCAGUUCUCUCUUCAAUCUCCGACUCUAUCAAAUCUUCACCAAAUCUCUUCCAAAUUCUUUUCAGGUCAGCAUUCCUUCUUCUCCAUUGCAUCUGUUGUUGUAAGUUUUCCUUUCCUCCAUUCCAACUUCCUCUCUUUCUUCUCAUCAUCCUCCAUUUUUCCCCCUCUCCCUUUUCAAAUUUCUUUCUCCUCCUCCUCCUCCUCCUCCUCCUAAAUCCUAUCCUUUUCUCACUCCUACCUCGCCUAUAUUCUUUUUCCUCCAUUCUCUCUUUGUUCUUCUUCCUUUCAUGUUUUUUUCCCUCCUUUUAGGUUUUGUUCGAGGAGAUUGGGCUGCUGCUCCUUUUUUUUUUUUCGAGCUGUGAAGAAAUUGGUAUAGACUUGAAUAAGUGAAGUUGAUUAUCCCUUGAUGUUAUAAGUAAGAUGCUGCUUCGGAAUAUGACCUUAAAAUUUCUUCGGUGGAUGGUAAUGACCAGCUUUCAUUAAACUUAAGCUGAAAUGGAAGAACCUACAUACUCUUAACAUGGUUUUAAAGAGACUCAAAUUGCCAGACCAGGCUUCUGUUUAUGCUUUAUCUUUGAAAGAGCAAUCCAAUGAGAACCAUUAAAGAUGUAUGAAAGUUUGAUUGAUUAAUGGCGUACUUGAAUGUUUGUCUCCUAUUUUAAUUUGUGUCCAUUAUUUGGACAAUCAUAGUAUUGUAGGCUCUUUUUUUCUUAGCUCUUGAUAGUAAGUGUUUGAAUUGAUCCCCCAAGAUAUGCUGGAUGUGACCGUGCUGGUACCUCCUGUUAUCCAAACUUAUGAUCUUUGCUUUGUCAAUGAAAAGAGACUGUAUCAUUUUUAAUUAUUUGCUUGAUGUAGCUGAAUGAAUUCAUCGUAGUGUGGGGUGAUUCCAAUCUUCUUUAUGAUUUUACUGUAGUUCUAACAUGUCUUUAUAUUGACCAAAAGAUAGUCUCCUUUCAGUUUAGGUUAAUUAAUGUAGGUUCAAUUUUUCUUUUAAACUUUUUGUGACUUUGAACUACCACUCAUUCUUAGUUGUUGAGGUUUUAUUUCACUUUAGUUUCUAUCUUUCCUGUUAUGCCUUGUUGAUGCUUCCCAUUAUCUAAAUCUUGCUGAUGUUUUCAAUUUCAUGUAAAAUCAGAGUAGAUGAUUAUGAGUUGGAAGGUUAGUUGAUGGUGAAAUUUUUUUGAAUCAAACUCCAAUCAGCAUUCUGAAUCCAUUCGCCUUGGUAGUUAUUUUUUGGGACUAUGGAUGAUGGCCGUCAACAUGAAAACGGGAGGCACAAACUAGAUUAUUUCCGAGGGAGCUCCUCACCAUGGAAUAUGGUGCCCCCAAAUCAUGUAAAGGAACCAAAUGCCUUGGUCAUGAAUAAGAAGAUCAUGUCCAUUAUAGCCGAGAGAGAUGCUGCUAUUCGGGAACGGAAUUUAGCACUAUCUGAGAAGAAGGAGGCAUUGGCUGCACGAGAUGAGGCUCUCCGGCAGCGUGACGAGGCACUUGUACAGCGUGAUUCUGCGUUAAUGGAAAGGGACAAUGCCCUUGCUGCCCUUGAAAUUCGUGACAAUGCUUCUAACUUCCCUCUUGGUGGUGGGGUCCAACGCAAAACAAAGCGAUUACACCAUUUAUCUAAUCAUAUGCCGAACAUAUCUGAAACUUCCUAUGGUACAAAAGACGUGCAUAUAACUGAUGCCUUUCCAAUUACAGUUAUAGCUUCUGAAGCUGUUAAGUCUCAGCAGGGAAAGCGAGCGAAGGAUAACAAGUUAGUUUCAUCAAAGACAUCAAGGCCGCCAAGGAAGAAGGUUGGCGAAGAUUUGAAUAGACAUGCUGCCACCGAUGGCACAAAAUACAGAACUGAUUGGGAUGGUCAGGACGUGGGUUUGAAUCUUGUAAGUUUUGAUGAUUCUUCUAUGCCAGCACCAAUUUGUUCGUGUACUGGGUUCGCAAGACAGUGCUACAAAUGGGGAAAUGGGGGUUGGCAAUCGUCUUGUUGUACCACCCAUAUGUCCAUGUAUCCACUUCCACAUUUGGAAAACAAACGCCAUGCUCGUAUGGGCGGGCGGAAAAUGAGUGGAAGUGUUUUUACAAAAUUGCUUAGUCGGCUAGCAGCAGCAGGUCAUGAUCUGUCGGUACCAGUGGAUCUUAAGGACCACUGGGCAAGACACGGUACAAAUCGCUACAUAACAAUCAGGUAGCUAGGAAGUAACUUCAAGAGGAGUAGAACAUUUUGCAGAGGUCCUUGGGGUCGUCUCGAUCGCAGCUUUAAUGUUUCAGUAGUUAACAUGCCUCAACCGAAGUGAUUCUACAUUAGGUAGAGCUCUUCCCUUUUAUUGGUUUAGGCAUUGUGAUUAAGAUUGAACCUGAACGGACCACCGUAGAUUGGGGAUAUGUUUGUAGAGUAUGGUCAUAAGAAUUCGGCAGUCUUUUGUGCAAAUUUCUAUUUUCCUAUUGCCAAAUUCCCCCAUUAGAAUUUCGGAGAAAACUUUAGAAUGUAGAUUCAAGAAUGAAGCUGAUUUUAUUUGAUUGUUUGUAUUGGAGCUACCAUCUGUUCAUCUGUUAUAUCAGUCUCAUCGAGAAAACAGAUUUCGAUGGAUCGAGCCCCGAGCAGGGAAGGCAAGAAGAGUAGAUUUUGAAAUAGUUGUUGCGUGAUUCGAGUGCUAAAUUAUUCGAUAAUUUUGGUCUGUCUUGCUGGUAGUGCAGAUCCUCCCUCUCCAACUCUUUUUGCAGCCAAAUUGGAUUAGGAAGCUUCAUCUUGUUUUUUCCCCU